AUGGUGCCACCUGGGCAGCACGAAGCCACUGCCACCUCGGGCCUGCCCGACCUGGAUGCCCUCACACCCACCUACAGUGCCAUCUGUCCUUGGUGGCCUGCCACCUGCGUGCCUGAACCUCCCCCAGGAGGUGGCCCUGGGCCUGGCAAGGGAAGGGAUUCCCUGAAGCUGAUGGGAGCUCACCCGGACGGUGGUGGGGCUCUUCCCACAGGUCUGAAGACAGUCCCCAAGGAGAUCUCCCCAGACACCACCCUCCUGGAUCUGCAGAACAAUGGCAUCACCGAACUCAAGAAGGAUGACUUCAAAGGGCUCCAGCAUCUCUACGCUCUGGUGCUGGUGAAUAACAAGAUCUCCAAAAUCCACCCUAAGGCCUUUAGCCCACUUCGAAAGUUGCAGAAGCUCUACAUCUCCAAGAAUCACCUGGUUGAGAUCCCACCAAACCUGCCCAGCUCCCUGGUGGAACUGAGGAUUCAUGACAACAAGAUCAAGAAGGUGUCCAAGGCGGUGUUCAGUGGGCUCAAGAACAUGAACUGCAUUGAGAUGGGAGGGAACCCCCUGGAAAAUAGCGGUUUUGAACCUGGAGCUUUCGAUGGCCUGAAACUGAAUUACCUUCGCAUCUCAGAAGCCAAGCUCACUGGCAUCCCUAAAGAUCUUCCUGAGACUCUAAACGAACUCCAUCUGGACCACAACAAGAUCCAGGCCAUUGAAUUAGAGGACCUUCUGCGGUACUCCAAGCUGUACAGGUUGGGCCUGGGACACAAUCACAUCCGAAUGAUUGAGAAUGGGAGUCUGACCUUCAUGCCCACCCUGAGGGAACUCCACUUGGACAAUAACAAGCUGGCCAAAGUACCCCCAGGCCUCCCCGAUCUCAAAUUCCUCCAGGUGGUGUACCUUCACUCCAACAACAUCACCAAAGUGGGCAUUAAUGACUUCUGCCCUGUGGGCUUUGGUGUGAAGCGGGCCUACUACAAUGGCAUCAGCCUCUUCAACAACCCCGUGCCCUACUGGGAGGUGCAGCCAGCCACUUUCCGCUGCGUCACGGACCGCCUGGCUAUCCAGUUUGGCAACUACAAGAAGUAGAGAGGGGGAGGAGGCAGCAGGACCCCCUUGGGAAAGAAACCUGGCUGAGAAGGGAGACAACGGGAGAGAGACACAAAGAGGGUAUAAGAGGAGGCGAAGUCAUGUGUAAACCCAAACCCCAACGGCCCCACCCUUAGCCCAGUGGGAACCCUGCCUGGCAGCCACACUUGAACCCCAGACUCUGAUCUAACAUGAAUCUGAGUCCCCGACUUCCCCGCAAACUUGCCCCAACUCCAACCCUAGUCCCGAGUGAGAGGCCUCAUUCCUCUUGCUCUGGCUCCUGACCUGCCGCGUCCCAUGCUGGAAUUGAGUAUAGAUAGAGGUAGGCGUGAGGGGCUGGCAGGCCAUGUGGUAGAGUGGGGGCUCUAGCUUUUGGUAGAUUCCUUCCCCAGAUCUGGUACUUUCAGAACUGAGGAGCCCGCCAGCCCAGUUAGGAUUUCCCUCACCUACCCCCCACACACGCUCUCCCCAUCCUCAUCGAUCUGAAUCUCCAAAACAGAUUCCCAAAGCUCCAGUUCUGGGCAUUUCUUUGAUGUGCUUUUAUGCUGGAUAGAGUUUAGUCCCAGUGUGUUGACCCAGCAGGGAUGUCUCUCUCUUCCCCUUUCUCCUUUGCUCUUUCUCUACUCUGCUUUCCUUCUUUUGCUUCUUUCCCAUCUUUUCUUUUGCUCCUUCAUUUUU